UGUGGAACUUUCGUUAUCCAAAUGCCAGCAGACGUCGCGAUGAUGUCGCCAUGAUUGUGCACAACUCCAGACUGAGCAUUGUCGACUGGCUAAAUCUGUUGGAGUUGCAGCAAUAUGAAGCUAACCUGCAAAUGUAUGUCACUGUCCACGAUGUUGGAGAUAUUACCGAUGGAGAUUUAAAGCGUUUGGGCAUUCGCAGCAUGACCCAUCGACAGAAAAUGCUCAACAGUUUGCUUGGUGUACGUGCCAAGCGGAGGCAGUCCAUGAAUCUGGAAGCAAUGCGAAGUGCUCCCUGUGCGGUGCCAGUGCCGCGACGCAAAAGUUCCUGUCCAUUGGUUUAUCUAGAUGCGAAUGCAAUUGAUAAUAUGGCCGGGAGUAAUGAUAGCGGAGGAGCUGCCGUGAUUACCACCAAAAGUGGCAAGGUGCUUAAGCAAUUGACAUUUGAUGACUCUACAACAAUGUAAGUAUAAAUUAAAUGCAAAAUGAGCUUCAAGUUUUACAUACAACGAGUACAUCUGAC